AUGGAUAAAUUGGAGAGUCCCUCAGAUGCGAUUAGUUCUGUGUCUGGAGGCGAACUAAAUAGCCAAGAGAGCAUUGAUAACCAGAAUUUGAACGAUAAUCAAGAACUCGAAGAAGAAAAGAUUCCUGUAAGAAUCAGGCCUAAAAGAGGUGAAGCCUCUUCUGUCGAAGACCCUUGCUCGGGUAGUCAAGAAUCCAAAGGAAUUAGCGUUGGCCAUAUCCAAAUCAGUAAUUCCGCAUCAGAAUAUGCUGUCAGCUCAUCAGAGGAAAGCUUCAGGAACAUUAAUGAGAAAGUAAGAAGACUUGAGAGAUUGAAAUAAAAACAGGGACCUUCUUCAUCGUAUUAUCAACUACCACGAAGACGAAGAUCCAGACUCUUGAGAAGAAGAUGUGCAAGUUGCUCGAAGGAAUAACCUCACCUUCGAAGCAAACCGUGUCUCAGCCAGAUUUGGCUAUAAAGAAGCAGACGAGGAGGAGAAGAAAGGACUCGAAGAAACCAAGGAGCCGGCAAGUAGUGGGAAAUCUAACCUUAGCAUGGUUCUUAAGGUCAGAAGCAAACUUAAUGAGAAUAGACGAAAGCGCAAAAGGAACCCAGACGGAGUUGAGGAAGAGUCUUAUGAAGAAUUUGUACGUAGGAAAACUAUUGUUCCCACCCAAAAUGGUCUUGAUUAUGCAGCAAUGAAGGACAGGAUCACCAGACAUCAUCCUUAUGCUGAAAUCGGAGAUAAGAAGGUCAAGUAUCCGAUAUGCAAAACCCGGACUGGCUGGAGCAGUAUAUUUGAAAGAUUAAGAAUCACGGAUUUGAAAGAUCUUGGUGUAGGAGUUUCCCUCUAUUUUAAAUUUACAAAAUAUCUCAUGGUUAUCUACCUCCUCAUGAUAUUCAUUACCCUUCCAAAUCUGAUUUUCUACAUACUUGGAGGAACCCAGGAGUUUGAAAAUGGGACUUCAAUUAAGACUCUGUUCGGGCUAACCACUCUGGGAAAUCUUGGAUCUGCAGAGACUAUGUGAGACUCAACCAACAGCUUCAGCUCUGAGGUCUAUUUAUUUUGUCGGUCUGGGACGCUUGAUAAAGUAGAAAUUUUAGGGAAAAUUCAUCCUAAAGGAUCUACCUGUCUCGACAAUGGACAAAAUUUAGCGGUGGAUAGCACUUGUGAUUACAGGGCGUUUGAUCAAACCGAUCAAGAUACUGUAGAUACUUCGUUUAGCAACCAAUGUAAAGGUGCAAAGACAUGAAAUUUCAACCUUGCAGCUAUAACUUUCCCUUCUUCAUGCUCUGGAGAGCCAUAUAUCAGAGUUGCUUGUAAAUCUGAGGAAAUUAUAGGAAUUCAGAAAAAGACAAUGUCCUUAGUCCUGGUCAUCCUUGACAUUGUUGGAAUCUACAUCUUCUGGUUCUUCGUUCAAAGACACGGAAGUUUCGAAUACUUAGAAGAAGAGAUUUUCGGUUCAGACCUCACCGGUCGUGAUUUCACCGUAAUGAUUAAAAACUUACCUGGAGACCAAGAUCCACGAGUUUUAAAGUCCAAAUUAUGGUUAUUUCUUGAGAACCUCUUGGCUGAGAACCCAGAUCAGGUAAUCCGACUUCAGGAUGACCCAAAUGCACACAAGUUGGUAGACAUUAACUUUGGUAUGAGCGACUUCGGGGUGAUGCAUUUCUACUUGAAAAGGACUCAAUUCACCAAACAAGAGGCGGUCCUUAACGUAAAGAUAAGCAUUCUAAUCGACACUGAGAUGGAACCCAAGCCUAAGCAGAAGAAGAUCAGAGCUUUGAGGAAAUAAACUAGCCAAGGUGAUAAAGGCAAAGGUUAAGAAUGAAAGAGCUUAUCAAAAAUUUAAGGAGACUUAUUCUCAACAAGUCGUUAAAGCAUUCGUGACUUGUCAAAGCAUGGAAGGCAAGCUAUAAGACUGCUUAAGCUAUAUAAUAUUAAUCGUACUGCAAGAUGGUGCAAACCUGAGAGGUUUAAAGAGAAGGAAUUUGAAGGGAAAUUACUGGACAUUAGACACC